GACCCUGAUCAAAAAUUUUGUUUCUAAUUUGUGCCAAUUUUUAAAUAAUUCGACCACACCUACUCGAAGAGGAGUGACCUAGAUUUAUAUUAAGGCUUAUAAUAGGGUUUCCAGUGUUGAAUCUUCAGUCAGUGUAGUCAGAUUAGAUUGGCGUGUGUUCUUGUAAUAAUAAUAGUGCAAGCCACGGGGAUUUCUAUUUAUUCUUUAUCAAGUUGGAUUAUAGUCAACAAUUGGUGUGAAAUUGUUUUAAAUUCCUACAAUCUACUAUUAAAAAUAUUAGACAAUAAAAAGAACAACAUGUAAACUUUAAAAUUUUGGUGUGUACUGUAACUGUAUGUCAUAUUUGUGUCCAAAAACACUUUUGCUGUGAUUUUAGGAAUUUUGUGAAUGCAUUGUGGGACAUGCAUUUUUGCUAUCCAUUUGCAUAUCAAGGCGGUCAAGCUUCAGAUUUGCAAUUGGCGGAAAUUUUAGGCCUGAGCCAGUUACUUGCAGUUUCCAAAUCAACUUUAAAAUUGACUGCGCUCAGUAGCCUCCUGAUUAUCUGUCUUUUGACCUCAAAGCAUCCGACAUGAGGCCCCAGAAUUGUCUCUCAGACCCCUGCAGCUUUAAUCAUCACUGGUUGUUGCCCACGUUGUUCUCUGAUUGCUUUGAACACCAUACAGCCCUUUCCCCAUUGAUGCCCGCUGAAUAUAAUGUGUGCAUGUGCAAGCUCUACCCAUUCAGUCUGUCCUGCGAAAAUUCACUUGGCGACUUUCAACAUCUUCGCUCCUGUGCUACUACUGAGUCUUUGCACCUUUUUGGCCCUGAAGCCCGCAGCCAGUGUUCCAGUUUCCCAAUUUUUUCCAUACGGUCUUCAUGUAAAUGACAAGAUGACGGAGCGCACAGAUGAUGGAGGUUCAGGGAGGAUCAACUUGAGCAUAGCCUUUCCCUUCUUUGGCAAACCCCAUAAUAAGCUUUAUGUCAACAACAACGGAGUUAUUUCCUUCUUCCAAGAACUGUCAAUUUACAAACCAGCCAAAUUUCCCCUCAGCGACGAGACACCAAUAAUUGCUGCCUAUUGGGCCGAUGUGGAUAUCUCUAAGUCUAACGGCACUGUCUACUACAGAGAAACUAAGGACCCUGUGGCACUGACUAAUGCAUCCAAUGAAAUCAAGGCUUACCAUUAUGCUUAUAAACAUUUCCGUGCCUGUUGGGUGUUUGUUGCCACAUGGGAUGAAGUGGGAUAUUAUGGUGCCAACAAUGAGGGACUGCAGAAGAAAAACACAUUCCAAGCAGUUUUGGUACUGGACGUAACAGGCAGACUUUCUUUUGUGAUACUCAAUUAUGCAAAAAUAGAGUGGACGACUGGAGCCAACAGUCGUGGAAAUUCAACGUCCGGCCUUGGCGGUGAACCCGCCCAGGUAUGGAAGGCUGGUUUCAACGCUGGAAACAAGGUGAAUUAUUAUGAAAUAAAUGGAGCCAACACAGAUGCUGUCAUUAAUUUGACCCAGACUUCCAAUACUGGAAUCCCUGGGAAAUGGAUUUUUCGCAUUGACUCUCUGGAAAUAGAAAACUCCUGUUCUCAUUCAGGAUCUGGUCAGGUGUUCUUUAAACCCAACUUUGGCUCCAUGUUAGGAGGAAGUAUCAUCAAUGUGGAUGGCCCAUGUUUGAACUCCACCUCCACAGUGCAUGGCCGCCUGGAGUCUGGGGCCGAACUGUGCUGCUAUAACUUCGAGGACAAUGCUUACUGUAUCUUCCCUCCAGUCUUUGAGACAGGCAAUGUGAAUGUGUUGAUGAACUUUGAUGAACGGGGAUGGAACUACACUGGUGUCUUUGAACUGAAAAAUGUAAUGGAUCUAUCAAUCCAAGUUACAAGAUUAGAACCUGAGAAUUGGUUAACAGGUCAACGAGUCUUUGUCACAUGGGAUGUAAACAGCUUUAAUUCUAGCAGCUAUGAGAUUGAGAUAUUAGAAUACAGGGAACACAAAAAUAGCACAGAAAUGUAUUCAGUGUGGAAAGAAAGUAUACAAAACAUUAAUGAAGGACUCUAUUCUGUAGUUAUACCCCCUGCUUCAAUGUUUUCUGGUCUAAGUGUUGCAAUAGUGAGAUUGUCUAUACCUUCCUUAUAUUGUAAUGGUUCUGGGCAAGCAAUAUAUUCAGACAUAUUUCCUGUGCGGUAUGCCAGCCAAUCAGACUCAGAAAAAGUGUGCUCUGAUUGGCUGAGUGAACAGUCUCUGGAACCCCCUUUAGAUGUCACUGGUAUCUGCCCAUGCACGUUGAAGCAGGCUGAGGGGGACACUGCCCAGUUCAGUGCAGACCCAUUCUGCAAUGAGAACUCUUUUUCCCCAUUGAACUGUCUGUACAGGUCUCACUCAGCUAGUCGUUGUAUAACCCCCAACCUUGGCAGUGACUCUGACCCAACAUUUGUCUGCUGCUAUGACAAAGACAGUGGAGAACUAUUGAACGCACUAGAAGGUAAAGGUGGAGGCACAGUCGAGCGCUACAGGUACUACCAACGAGGAACAAGUGGAGACCAUAAGAUCAUCCCCUACUUUACAUACAUGCAACAGGAUAUUGCACCUUAUUUGCAUUGCUGUGAUUUUUCAUCCAAUCAUACUCUCUGUAAUCAGUUUCUGCAGAUUAAAAAGCCUGUAGAGUGCAAAGGUUAUGCACCUCCUUCAGCAGCACAAGCAGCAGGAGACCCCCACAUUGAGACGCUGGAUCGUUUCAACUACACAUUUAAUGGCCUUGGAGAAUUCGUUUUACUCAGGGAAAAAAACAACAGUGGAGCUCUAAUACAAGUUCGGACUUCACAGGCAACCGAUGCUUUAGGUGCCCAACAAAAUGCAACAGUCUUUACUGCAGUGGCCAUGAUGGCCAGUCCAAACUCUUCCAUACUAGAAAUACGAGCCAUGGAUCCCAACCCGUACAUUUACUCCAUCUUUGUUGAUAAACAUUCUUUUGAGUUGACAUCUAACACAUCAAAACUAAAUGGCUUCACCAUCUACAGCACUGACUCCAGCAACAGUAGUGUAGAGUUCACUGUGGUCAUAGAGCAAGUGGGUUUGUCUCUCUUGAUACAGGUAACAGAGGAAAAACUGCUGAACAUAAUGGUCAUUGCUUCAUCAGGACUAAAAGACAAACUUGAAGGACUUCUGGGAAAUUUUAAUGGAAAUCCACAAGAUGACUUGAUGGCAAGCAAUGGGAUUCUGUUGUCUCCCUUUGCCAGUAUGAAAGAUAUUCACAAUGAGUUUGGUUUGUCAUGGGAGGUCAGUCAGAAUGACAGCUUGUUUACAGAACUUGUAUCUGAUAAUAUGUCUGAACAGUUAGACUACACGCCAACAUUUGCGGAUGAAAUCAAGAUAACAAGAAACGACACCCUCAAAAUAUGUGGAAACAACAACCAAUGUAAAUUUGAUUAUGAGGUGACCGGGAAGGAGUCCAUCGCCUUGAGCACCAAAAACUUCAAUGAACGUUUUGAAGAAAGAAUCAAUGAAAUUCAACCUGUGACACGAUGUGACUAUGUCCCUGAUAUUGACAAUGGGAACCGUACGGUCACAGGUCUGAAGGUUGGUGACACCAUUACUGUGGAGUGUGACCAGGGCUAUUCAUCCGAAGGCAAUAGCACAGUCCUAAUUUGUGGCCCUGAUGGUCAGUGGAAUAGCUCAAUGCCUUCAUGUGUCAAAGUUGAACGUAUUGAACCCAAAGGGACUCUUAUAGAUUUGGUCUACAUAGGCAUUGGAGCAGGUGCUGGUGGUUUUAUUCUCCUAGUAGCCAUAGUGGUCAUCAUCCGAGCCGUGUGCAAGAGAGCACAUUGUAUGAACCAGAAGAUGACAGAUAAAAGCUCUGAUUAUGACCAGGCUUUAGAUCUUCCAACAAUUUUCCCCAUCUCUGACAUUCCAACUCCAGUGUUUGAAAACAGUCUGUUCAUGUCCAGCCUCCAGAAGUUAAACCAGAAAGGAAGUUUCCAUAUUCCUCGGCCUACUUAUGUGGAUCCAAAUAUUUAUUCGGAAUAUUUCUGAGACGAAUGUCAACUUGUUUGUUGUUAACCUCCAGACAAACUGCCACACUAUGAAAAGUUGAUGAUCAUAAUGCCAGUCAAACCUGACCUAAGGCAUAGCUGUAUUACUGAAACUCAUCAUGCCCUGAAUCCUGUGCCUUAGCAUAGUACACUUAGUGUCCAGCCUCAGGCUGCUGUAUUGGCAUAUAGAAUGCCAUGAAUUCAUCAAAGAGGCUUGCAUCGUAACAUCAUAGAUUUCACUUGCAUUCAUCAAAGAUGCUGACAUCAUAACAGCUAAGAUUUCACUUGAAUGGAUGUUCACAUGAAUGUUCACUUGAAUGUUCACUUGGGUCCUGAUCAGAUACUCUGUGGUGGCACACAUCAGUUUUCUUAACCCCAUUGAUUUGUACUUCCUUGUGGAUAUUUUUUGUGAAAAUACAAGGUGUGACGCAAGAAAACACAAUGCCAUGAGCAGUUUCAUAUCAAUCUCUUAGGCCACUAACUACUAGCAUGACUUCAAAAAUCUGCUUUACACAAAAGCUCAAAAUAAAAUUCAAAAGGACCUUGAAAUGUUGGGAAUAAGGAUUAUUUAUAAACGUUGGAUGGAUUCUCUCCUGCUUUAAGUCUUGAGAAGAACAAAGCUGCUACACAGAUUCAUUUUUGUUUUUUUUCCUAAAUAGACAUCUGAAUUAGACUUGAAAGAAAUCUGCUUUCUGAUAAUUACUGCUGUAAAGAAUGAAACAGUCUGUGGUGUGUGUUUAUUUAGAGUGUGUUAUCUACUGUGUGCUGAGAGAUCACUCAGAGUGUGUCUACCAUGUGUUGAGAAUGCUUUUGUAGAGUACACUUGAUGUGGAUCAAUUUGAGUGUAUGUACUGUAUGAUGAAAGGGAUUUAAAGUACUUUGUACUUUAUGUUUAGAUUGCUAAGUCUACUUACUGUGUGUUGAAAAAUGAUGGUAUAUAAUGUACUUACUGUAAGUGUGUACAUAGCUAUUGAGUGUGAUGAUUUACAAGUUUGUGUGUGUCUGUAUCAUGCUGUUAUACCUUAUGAUGUUAAAAGCCUUUCUAUAAAGUUUGUAAAAAAUGGAUUGUUUAAACCACAUAUAUAGGCCUACACAAACCAAUGAUCAUAUUUUAUUGUCAUUGAAAUGGUUUUGCUGGAGCUUAAUUUUACCUGUAAAUUAGUAAAUAGUUUGUACAUUUAUUGUGGCACAAUUCAUUCUCAUUGAAAAUGAAUAUUGUAGCAUUUGAUAUGCAUAAUCUACAAUUGAACAAAUUUUUUUUUCAUCAAAACUUCUUUUUUAAAACUGAAAAAAAGCUUGGGGAGGGGAGGAUAAGGGUGGUUUUUCUUCCUCAUUCAUUGUGCCAUAAUAUUAAAAAAAAACUAUUUAUUUAGCAAACCUAUUUGUUUCAAUACAAUGUCAUACACUAUUUAUUUCAUUUUUCUUUUGCACAUCAAUUAGUAACAACUAUAGAACUUUUAUUUGAAUCAUUCUAGUAGGUUAUUGCAUAAUGGCGAAUUCUCUUGGUUCAUUGAGAUUUGGCUGCGUACACUCACAUUGCACCUUGCUGUUCAUUGAAUAUGUACAUUUAUUACAAAGCUUCGUCAUGAGUGUCAAGUCUGUGUACUCGCUUCUUUAAUUUGAUACCAGUCAUGCCUUUUAAUAUUGAUUGGGUUGCCAAAGAAAAAAAAAAUAAAGGGUUAACUUGGAAAAUGUUAAAGCGAUUGGUAAGAAUGUGCAGGAAAUUCUGGUCUUGUUUAAGUUUUGCAAAUUUAUACACACAAAAAAAAGAGCAUUCUUUCUCUGUGAUAGUUCACCUACUAUUAAUUUGUUUGUUAGGAUCUGGUCUGUUUUAAAAUACAGACAUGAAAGUUGAGCCUAAGCUGCUAAUAAAAAGCUGUAAUUGGCAAAAUGAAUGCAAUAGUUUAUAAGAAGGAAAUAAUGGUGUAAAUAUAUGGUAUAUUUCAUAAAUAUUUCCUGCCUCUAUGAUUUUAGAGAAAAAAAAAUUUAAUCAUUUGACAAAUAAUAUUUUUGAUUAUAUGUUGUACUCAAAUUAAUAGCUAGAGUAACACAUUAUUCUUAUUUCUGAGGGAAUACUUCUACAAAAAAAAUGCUACUUAUAUAAAUAUAAUUAAUUAAAAUUCUCAAAGCAUUGUACUUUAGACAUCUGGUCAGAAUCUGUCACAGUUGAAGUCUUGAUCCAUUUUGUAAUCUAUUUAAAGGGAUAUUAGCAACAGAAGAAUAUUUACUGUCCUUGAGUUGUAGUAGAAUCAAUAAUGUAGUUUAACAAAAAUGAAUGUGGUAGACUUAGUAAUGCAUAUAUUUCCACUGUGUUCGCUGGUCUUGUCCUCUAAUGACAAUCUCUUUUCAUUCACACAUUUCAUUUGCUUCCAAGAGAAAGUUGAACUGUGUUCAAUGUAUAAUAAAAUCUCUUUCUAGUCCCUUGUUGGUUCAAGCAGUGUGUACAAACUAGAACCAAAGUGUCCACAGAUUAUCUGCUACGUUUUGCUGCUUGUUUGUUGAUGUUUUCUUUUCAUUCUUGUACAUUGUACUAUAAAUAGUCUUCGCCAUAUUGCCAAUUUUUUUCUUGUCUGGCAUUAGAACAGAACAAUUAUUCUUGUUUUCAGAUUGGAGAAGUGAAGUUUUUAUAUAGACAUUGUCUUGUUGCAGAAUGUUUUAUAUUACAUAAGCUUUAGGUCUGCCAUAGAUUUGAAUGUAUUUAAUAGCUGAUUAUACAAUUUUAAAUUAUUCUAGGCAACAUGUAACAGUGUAAUUCUUGCACAGUAAUUAGUGUGAUACACAAAUACACAAUAUCUUGCUCAUGUCUUUUUACUUUGGUAACAAUUAAUUUGAUUAAAACUAAAUUUUAUUUUUUUGUUUAAUAAAAUAUUAAACUUUAAAUUAAAAAAAAAAGAACAUUUGUUUUUAAAUAUUUUUAACUUUGUCAUAUAACUUUUUUCUGAAAAAUAUUAAAUGUAUGGCUUGCUAUUUAUAAAUAAUUUAUUUGUCAUAAUAUCAAAAGCCUUUUUAUUCAAUGUGCUAUAUAAUCUUUAAAUAAACAAAAAUUGUAUUUAUUGCUAAAGCAUUACACACUAUUUUAAUGAUAUAUUAUAGAUGAGUAGCAAGUGAUUAGUUUAUCUGAGAUCAAUGCCAGUAUACAUUUUGUUUUUGCUUUUUUUUUUCUCUUACUUUAAUAUAGCCACAACUGAACUGUAUAAAAAUAAUGUAAGUAGCCUAAACUAGUUGAUUCUAGUCACUUUUUGUUACUGUCAUCUUUUAUUUCACAUGUGUGUUGUUUUUUUUCCUUUUACACAUUCAACCUGAAGGCUACUUAGUGUUGUAAAAUAAAAUUUGUACCAUGUAUAAAUACUUUGAAAGUUUUUAGUAUAACUAAAAAGAAAGUCUUAUUUUGUUAAUUUAGUAGAUUGUCAUUGCAAAUUAUUUAAAGUAGAAUGAAAGAAAGCUUACCAAUCAUACAUUUUAAACAUUGACGGGGAAAGGUGUCUGCUUAGCUAUUUUAGUUUUGAAUACACUUUUUUUUGUGUGCUUCUAUUUCUAUAGUUAUUUUAUUUGACUUCUUUAAGUUUUAAUGAUCUCUGCACCUCAAACCCCCCCCCCUCCCCUUCAUGUCUCCCCCCACUUACUCUGUUUAUGCCGCUACCGCCAGUGUUGUCUUUUAAUCUGUAUUAGGAAAAUCAAAGGAGAAAGCCAAGCCUUAUUGUACCGGUGCAUCUAUUAAUUUGUUAUCAUAUUAUCAGUAUAAAUAUAUACAUAUAACUAUUGAAUGACAUGUUAUGCAUAUGUUCUUGAAAUUAUUGUAGUGCUAUUUAUUUAGUUGCAUACAGUAGACACAGCUGAAUAUGUUUUCAAAUUACACUUAACUCUUGAUAGUCCAACAUUCUCAGUAAUUCAACAUGGCAUUCACAUAAACUCAUGUAGUUCAUGUAUACUGUAGUAGGUAUAGUUUUUAAAUGUAGGUAGGCCUAAAUUAUAAUAUAAUACAGUAUGUGAAAACUGAAGUCAUAUAAUUUUUUGUUUAUAUAAAUAAAUUUUCCUUUUUCGUUCAUUAUUUAUUUUUUACCCUAAAAAGUCUAAAAGAAAAUAUCAUAUCAUAAAUAGACUUUUCUUGACAUAAUUAAAGUACCCCUUUUUAGACCUUACAAUCUAUAGGUCAAAAUAGAUAAAGGUUAUCUGUUUCUAUGGCCAAUGGUUGAAGAGGAUGUCAUGUGACAUGCACAAUGACCAACCUCAUUUUCUUUUCUCAACUUAAAUCAGGUACGGUUCCCAUUAGAGUUUGGUGGAUCAGGGGGCCUAAAAAUGUCAAAGUUCAAAAUCCUAGUCUUCACUGAGAUUCUAACCCGAGACCCUUCAGCUCUGAAGCCAAGUGCUUUACCAAUCAGCCACCACACCCACUUUUCUUGACAUAUAUGGUGAAAUUCUUUGAAGUACAUCUAACCUUUGCUAAUUCGACAUUUUCAGCAAUCCGGCUCUUCCUCAUCCUAUAAUUGUCAGACUAUCAAGAGUUAAACUGUAUUCUUUUUUGAGUUAUCCCACGAAAGUUUUUAUAUUAGACUCACAAUUUUCUUUUUUUUUCAUAAAAUUUUGCUGACUCAAGCAUGAUUCUUGCUACAAAUAGAUGCAGCUUUUCUUAUGUAAACCUUUUAAAAACUGAAUGCAAACCUCCCACAAGUCCCUCUCUUUCCCUUUGUAAUAUACAUAACUUGUAACACAAUUUUUUUUUUAAACAUUUUUUUCUUUAAAAUCUCAGCAUCUUUGUUGUUAUUUUAAUGGUAAACUGUAGAGAAAUGUCAUUUUCAAAUAUUUUGAUGAAUGAGCUAUGAAGAUAGGGUAAAUCAUUGUGUGGCCAGAUUUAGCAGCAUGUGAGAGAAAACACAUUAUUUUGUUUACUAGUCUAAAUUAUAUUUCUAUUUAUAAAAGAAAGUUUUUUUUCCUGUGUAUUUUUUUUACUUUUAUUCUUCUUCUUUGCAUUUUGUGUGUGUGUGUGUUAACUUGUUAUUGUCUUUUCUUUAAUCAAACAUCUAUAAUUAAAAAACCCAACUAAAACACAUCAGAAAUGUAUUAUAAUGAAGACCUUCUUUGUCCUUUCAACUUUUCAUUUUAACCACAAACUGUCAAAUGAAACAAAUGAAUAGAAAGAUGCAUUUGAAUAUCACCAUCGUUAUGUGAAAUAUUUAUUAACCUUUUUUAAUUGUAUUUGUUGUAAGGGGUUGCUAAUAAAUUGUUAAGUAGGUUUUCUUUAGAUUAAAUUUUUUUUUUAAAGCUAGGCUUUCAAUCUGAUUUUCAAUGCAGCCUUUUUAGUUACUACUGUGAAGAAGUUUUUAUAAUUCCAUGAACAAUGACAUAUUCUUAGCAAAUGAAAGAUAAAAAAAAAGCUCAGCUAUUAUGAAAAAAAAAUGUCUUACAAUUUUGGUUUUGACUUUUAUUUAAAAAAUUAUAUUCCAAUAAUUAAGUAUUUGAAAGUGUAGUACGUACCACAAAAUACCUAAAAUGCAAAACAUAUAGAUAAGCUUCUAAAACUUAACCAUUUUUAGUACCAAAUCAAUAAAUAUUAGUAUUAUGAAAUGAACUUUAAAAAAUACAAAUAACAUGUAAAAUCUACAUAUAUUUAGUCUGACAAAAAGUUAUCUAAAGAAAUUAGAUGACAGUUUUAGUUUUGAGUUUUAAAAAAAAAAGUUAUGAGCUAUUUUUAUUCUGUGAGUAUGGAAAAUGUGAUGUAGCAUAUGUAAAACUCAAGUCAAACUAGUCUUCUUUCAUAGGUAAUGAUCAGUGUGCAUUAUUUCUGGUAUUCUCUCAUAUCCAAAAAAAACUCAAACCUUAAGUACAAAAAAAACACAAUUUCUUUAAAGAACACACAAUGACAGUCAACAAUAUAGUUAGUUUGCAAAUGCACUCAUUUAUAAUUAGAUUGAGAUUUUUUCAUUUAAAUUGCAAAUUAAUUUGCUCUUCACUAAUGGCAAGAAUUGAUAGUGAGAAAUUUAAAUUAUAAAGUUAGCUUUCAGUUUUAUUUGUAAAGGUAAAAUCAUCAAGUAUUAAUUAUAAUAUAAAUCUGGUUUUUAACUAAAUUCACAAAAUAUACUUCAAACAAAACUAUUUGUUUUAACAAGGACCAAAAAGGGCAAUGUCUAAAAUGUAGAGGUAAAAAUUAUUAAUGGCUUCUUUCUUUGAAAUUAGAUUAUGAAAGAUUAUUUCAACAUUUAAAGAAUACAAUUGACAGCAUAUUGAAAUCAUUUAGUGGUAAGAAAUAUUUUAAAUUAUAAAUAAUUAUUGAUUCACUUGUUUUUCUUUCUAAAUAUGAGAUGAAAAUAUAAAUAUAAGGAUUUGAUUCAUCGAAGAGACCUAGCAUUAAAUGAUGGAUUGAUGCUAUUUAGUGCACUAGAACACUGCAUGUUUUUAUUGAUAGGACAAAAAUUCCACUUUUUUAUUUUCAUUGAGAUUUAAGGUGGAAACUUAAAUGAAAAUUUUAAAAUUGCAUACAUUUAAAAAAAGAAAAAAAAAAAAAAAGCUGAAAAUGAUACAUUAAUUGAAAAGUUAAAUAUUAAACUUCUGUUACCUUCUAUAAUAUACCUCAGACCCAAUGUCACAUAUUUGUCUUAGCCAAUGUGGUAUCUGUGCCUUUUUUUUUCCCUUAUUAUUUCUCUGUGUUGAUAAGAAGGGUAAAAUUAAGAUCAACCUGAUCCUGCUUCUUUUUUUUGUGUUCCUAUUUAACUUAUUAACUUAUCCUAUUCAUUAAACAGUUGAGGUUGGCAAAUCACAAGUAUAAUAAUAUUUUUUUUUUACAAAGACCCUUACUCUUCACCUUCCAAUACUGCAUAUGUCUGAUGCACAUGUUCCCUUUACAGUAAUAAAUAGAAAUUCUCUUUUUCUUUUACCCGUGACCCUGACUUUCAUUCAUAACGUAAUUGUCAGAAGUAGUUUAAGUAGUGAAACUAUUUUGGACUGAAACUAGAAUCUGUAUAUUACAUCCUAUUGUUAAGUUUGACUUAUCGUAAAUGCAUCUAAAGUCAUUGUUUUCAAUGGUGUCAUUUUCAUAAGCAAUUGCACAUUACUAUUAGUUUUAUUUUUUAACUACUCAAAAAAAUACAAAUUAUUCUGCAUUGUAAAAAAAUGAAUUUUAAGGACACUUAAAAUAUGUAAUAUUGUCUAUAAAUAUAUUUAGAUAUUAAAGACUUGUCAUCAAGGCUUUUUCUUCAAACCUUUGUCCUGGAGCUAAUUUUGUGUUACAUAUAUGGCUGCAUUGAUAUUGUCCAUUUAAUAAGCCUUUGCAUUCAUGUUUUAGUCUUGGUCUUCAUCAAGCUGCAUUUACAUGUCAACAACUUUUAUUUAAACCCCCCAGGUAUAAUGAAUGUGAAUGUCCAAAAGUUGCCCAAAAAUGGUUAUUUCCUUCCGUAAUGAACAUUUCCUUUUUUUCCAUCUCCCUAUAUUAGGAAAUCAUUUUUUUUUACAUCUUUGUCUCUUAUAAAUGUUUUACCAGACUCAGACUUCAUGUGACAGUCCUAGUAAGUAACUUAACCUUUCACCUUGCGAGGAAAACAAAAUGGGAGAACCACUUCUUUUGUAUGUACAUCAUUUGCUGACAUCAACUAAUUAUAGAUGACAUCAAAGUUUUACUGUUUUAUUUUUAAUCUCGACUACAUGCCCAUCUCAGGAGUUAGCGUUAACUUAUAAAUAAUGUUCAGCAUAACAUUGUAGAUAGUGGUGUUUGACUAGAUUUCUUGUUAUUUUUGUUGUUGUUGUUUUAAUGCUGUUUGGUGUAUUGUUGAAAUUGAAUUUUAUGUAUUCUCUGAGAAAUGUUUGAUUAUUAUCUUAGUUGAAAAAACAAAACAAUCUUUUCAAUCGACUUAAAACUUGAUGUAUUUAUUGUACAUUGUUGACUUAGUCAAAAGAUGAAUUGUUAUAAAAACCUUUUUUUUUUUAAGCAGACAUAAACUUUUGCCUUUACCUGGCCAUUUUGUUUGUGACUAGGCUGAUUGGCUCUUUAUGUUUGCAACCGCCCCUAAAAGCAUAACGUCAUUAUAAAUAUCAUUCAAAGUUUAGUCAUUGUUUUUGUGUUUACCCUUUGGGGGUGUCUGUGGACUCGAUUGUUUCAUCAAUUAAAAUCUACAUGAAAGACUAUAUAA